UUCUGAGGCGGACUAUUCGAAUCGCAGCUGCGGACACUGAGCACCGCUGCAGCCGAUGCUGCUGCCAAACGCUCACUCAGACCUGCUUCCUUCUAUCUGAAAAUACACAACUGAACUGUUCCGAGAAGGUAGUGGAACCAAUGAACACAAACGCUGCGUCAUGACGCAAGAUGGCCCGUAGAUAAGGAGCGGAGGGUCCAACCGGGACCUUAAACGGAGGACCGGAGUUGUGGGUUCAGCGGACAGUCAGUGAGCGUGAAGCCAACUCCUCCUCCCCAUCCUGUUUCUCCUCCUCCGCUGCCGUUACGCACAACGCAUCUUCAGGCAUAAGCCCACAAGAACUAAACAGGCUGCUGUGCAACGGAAAGUGCUGCCCAAAGACAUCAUACGGGACAAUAACGCAAAGGCCGCGUCUUUUUAACUAUUAUUUUUUUUCAGUUUAACUUACACUACAGGAGGAGAAUAAUUCAUCUCAAACUUUUUUAUUGUUAUAAUUUUUUUUUUCUUCUUGCGAUAUAGUUGCAGAGAACAAUCUGCUAGUACCCUUUCACAGAGCCGACAUCCUAUAAAAUUUCUCUCAUCAAGGAGCAGGCUGUGAGCCCUGCAACUGGACGUUCAAUAGUUGGUAUGUUAACUGACGGAUAUGAUUCACCAAUGGAUAAGAUCAUCUAGAAAAGGAAAAUUGUGAAAGCAAAAAAAAAAGCAACAAAAAAACAAAAACAGAAAAAAAAACACCCUUCUACUGAGAGAAAUUUUGUGAUAAAAAAUGAAUUAGAGCUUAUUAAUAAUGAGAACUGCAGAGAUUCGGAUGAUGGUUACCAUUGGCAGAUGAGACGUAGUGAGGAGAACACGUAUUCAUUUUUUUCUUCAUUCAUUUUUUUUUUUUUUUUUCCUGAACUGGAUUUUUAACUUGUCAUCGGCAGCGAGGAAAAGCCCGAAAACUGAGCGUCGCCUCUGCGUUCCGGCGCAGGCUCUGUGCCUCUGAUGGACAUCUUGGCUUGCAGAUCCGAAGAGAACAGUUACAACAUCCUCCCUUCUGCAGCAACGAUGCUUUUCCAUGGCCUCCCCGGAGGCGAUGUCCACGGUGUGGUGGAAGAAAUGGAGCGAAGAGGAAAGGGCGAGUCGGCGGCCAUCAGCUCGGCCAUCGACAUGGGAGAAUCCGAAACGGCCAUGCCCUGCGUGACCAGCGAACGCGUGGCUCUGUGCGCGGGCUGCGGCAGAAAGAUUGCGGACCGUUACUACCUUCUGGCCGUGGACAAGCAGUGGCACAUGCGCUGCCUCAAAUGCUGUGAAUGCAAGCUCAACCUGGAGUCCGAACUCACCUGCUUCAGCAAGGACGGCAGCAUAUACUGCAAAGAAGACUACUAUAGAAGAUUUUCAGUGCAGAGGUGCGCGCGCUGCCACCUGGGCAUUUCGGCCUCGGAGAUGGUGAUGCGCGCGAGAGACCUGGUCUAUCACCUGAACUGCUUCACCUGCACCACCUGCAGCAAGAUGCUGACCACCGGGGACCACUUCGGCAUGAAGGACAGCCUGGUGUACUGCCGCCUGCACUUUGAGACUCUGAUACAAGGAGAAUACCAGACUCACUUUAACCACGCGGACAUUGUAGCGCACAAGGGCCUUGGGCCGGCCAAUGCGCUGGGACUAUCCUACUUUAACGGAGUGGGCACUGUGCAAAAAGGCAGGCCCAGAAAGAGGAAGAGUCCGGGGCCUGGGGCCGAGCUAGCUGCUUACAAUGCGGCUUUAAGCUGCAACGAGAACGACGCUGAGUCUAUAGACCGCGACUCUCAAUACAGCUCCAGUCAGAAGACCAAGCGGAUGCGAACAUCCUUUAAGCACCAUCAGCUGCGGACCAUGAAGUCCUACUUUGCUAUUAACCACAAUCCAGAUGCCAAGGACCUAAAGCAGCUUGCCCAGAAGACAGGCCUCACCAAGCGGGUUUUACAGGUCUGGUUCCAAAAUGCUCGGGCCAAGUUCAGGAGGAACCUGUUGCGGCAGGAGAGCACUGGAGUGGACAAGGCAUCAGACGGCUCCACGUUACAAGGGGGGACGCCCUCAGGUCCGGCAUCUGAAAUCUCCAAUGCCUCCAUGAGCCCAUCUAGUACCCCCACCACACUUACAGACUUGACCAACCCCACCAUGCCUACUGUCACUUCUGUACUCACAUCGGUGCCGGGUGGUAUGGAUGUACAUGAGUGCCGGAGUCCAUCACAGACAACGCUGACCAGCCUCUUCUGAUGGUCAGAGCACUAGCCCCUAACACCAUCCUCACCUCUCCCUUACACACAGACUGUUACUACAAUCUACACUCUUUCUUGAUCUCAAACGGAGCACUGUUAACACCUUAGAACUUUAAAAUAAGUAGAAACAUGAAGGAAACAAAAACACUUUAUUAGAAACUGUCUGCUUAGUGAGGCAGCUGAGCCCCACGGAUGGAAUGGUUGUUGUUAUUUUGAUGUUGUCUUGUUGAGUACUGAGAAGAACUGAUUAAAAUUGUUACUUAUUCACAGGGAAAGAUUGCUGAUGAAAAAGUAAUUUUUUUUUAUUUUGGGGGAAGUUUGUUUUUUUUCAAAACAGUAUUUAUGUUGUUGUAAAAGAGUCACUGUUAGGACUGUAAAUUCUUUUUUUCAUUUGUGGGAAAUCUGAGAUUAAAAUUCAGUUUCAAAUAUC